AUGUGCAACUGGCUUGGCGUUAGUUCCCCCGAAGCCAUUCAUGCCAUUUUGGUUUACAGCCAAAGUGUAGAAGAACUUUUGAAACGCAGAAAAGUCUAUCGAGAAAUAAUUUUUAAGUAUUUGGCAACACAAGGAAUUCCAGUGCCUCCUUCCUUUGAGAAACGUCUACUCGUUGAUCGUGUAAAGCAGUACUGGAGUGGACAGCUCACAACACAUGCCGUAGAGUCAGGGGAGAGAAGACCAUACACAGAGAGUCAUGGACAGAGACAAAAGUCACCACAAGAUGACAUUCACGAUCUAGGAGAAGAAUUCUGUCAAUGGUUCUUUAAACUCCUGAAUUCUCAACAUCCCUUGGGAGUAAAAUCUGAAGAAAGAUGGGGACCACAGCAUUUUUGGGAGGAUGCCAGGAUGAAGUUCUGUUACAACACAUUAGAAAAAAACAUGGAAGAAUAUGUUGGUGCAGAAAUGGUGAGCCUUCGUCUGCUCUCCUUAGUUAAAGACGAAUAUCUUCUAUUCAGCCCUAAUUUGCAUGCCAAUGGACUGAAAUGUGCCAUGUCUCCACAUGGGUUAAUACUGGUAGCUGUGGCUGGCACAGUACAUAGAGACAACACUUGCUUGGGCAUCUUUGAACAAUUUUUUGGACUCAUUAGCUGUCCCACUAGGGAGAAUACCUGGAAAAUAAAAGUUAUGAAUCUUAAAAUAGUUGGACAGAAUGCUCUGGAGCCUGGGAUGCAAAUUGAAAAACCCUCCAUAAAAUACGAGUCAAACCAACUGCAAGAGCUGUAUGAUGGGAAAGAACUGACCAUGUUUGAACCUCAGAAAUUCUGA